GAAAGGGAAGGGGGGCGAAGAGGGGGAAGGGGAGGGUAUCGUGGAGUUGGACGCGCGCGCACGGCACGGAUGCGGAGGAGUGGGAUUCGCUCCUUCGUCGCUUCCCCCUCUUCGCUUCCUCCUCCUCGUCCUCUUCGUUUCCUUCUUCGCCUUCCUCUUCCUUGCCUUAUGGCGUAAUCCAUUCCCCCCACACCACGGCGGUUGCGUCCUAUAAAACUCGCGCCUUUGGCACCUUUUGCUGCGAAUUCGAGCUGGGGAAGCGCGGAAAAGGAGCGAUCCGGUGGUGUUUGUGAGAGCAAGGCGGAAAGAGGCGGGAAGGGGAUCAUACGAGGGAGGUUAGGAAGGGUUUGGGAAAAGAUUGAACUUUGUUUCUGUGGCCGCGCUCCGGAGGCUUCAGGAUGCCAUCUGGGAUCAUAGAUCAGAGGCAUCAAUCCUCAUUCCACCUCCCCUCUGAAGAUAUCACCUUUCCUACCGAGAGGCAAGUCGGAUUCUGGAACCGGGGUCCUCACCCGAUCAUCACAGAAAAGAGGGUUUGUCAUUAAUUUCAGGAAGCAAGUCGGUUUCGUCAUCUCCAUUACAAAAGCUUCAUUACAUGGGGCCAAAUCCUGUGCACAGUUUAGAACUUCCUCAGGCUUAUAUGUUUAAGGAACAGAAAAUCAAAUUUAGUCAGGAGUAUCCUUUGAUGAGGCAAGAUGCAAAUACUAGAUCGCAAUGGGAUUCGUCUGUUAAAGCAUCGGUGUUUGCUGAAGCAAAUGGAGUUGAUCCAAACGGGAACUGCUGCAGUGAUGGGCUCUGUGCAAGCUCGCUCUCAGAAAUAUUUGAUAAUAAUUUGAGAUUAGCAACAAAAGGCGUUCUUUUUGGUCAGUCAAUUGAUACAGUUAAUUCCAAUUAUGAGGAAGAUGAGCCCUUUGAGUCCACGGAAGAGAUUGAAGCUCAAUUUAUUGGAAAUCUCCUUCCCGAUGAUGAUGAUUUAUUAUCCGGUGUUUUCGAUGAUAUUGGAUAUAUUGGCCGAUCCAACGGUGGGGAUGACAUUGAUGAUGACAUAUUCUGCAGUGGCGGAGGACUGGAACUAGAAGCUGAUGAGAAUGUGAUUGGGAGCAGUGUUUGUGAUUUUAAUGGUGGGUUAGAUUCUAAUGGGCUGCAGGUGGGCCCAAAUGGCCCAUUUCCUGGUGAACACCCUCAUGGUGAACACCCCUCAAGAACUCUUUUCGUGAGAAAUAUUAAUAGUAAUGUUGAGGAUACCGAGUUAAGGGCUCUUUUUGAGCAAUAUGGUGACAUUAGGACCCUAUACACUGCCUGCAAACACCGUGGUUUUGUGAUGAUAUCUUAUUAUGAUAUAAGGUCUGCCCGGAACGCAAUGAAGGCACUUCAGAACAUGCCAUUGAGACGUCGGAAGCUUGAUAUACACUUCUCCAUACCGAAGGAAAAUCCUUCAGAGAAAGAUAUAAAUCAAGGAACUCUCGUUGUAUGUAACCUUGAUUCAUCUGUUACAAAUGAUGAUCUUCAUCAGAUAUUUUGUGUUUAUGGUGAAAUUAAAGAGAUUGGUGAGACUCCAUUCAAAAGUAAUCAUAAAUCCAUAGAGUUUUAUGAUGUACGAGCAGCGGAUGCUGCUCUUCGAGCUCUAAACAGGAGCGAUAUUGCCGGCAAGAAAAUUAAGCUUCAGCCCAGCUGCCCUGGAGGUGCAAGACAGUGCUUGAAUCAGCAAUUAUCUCCUGAGCUGGAACAGGAAGAGUUUAGUGAAUUCAGGCAGGGAAGUCCUAACAACUCCCCAUCAGCAUGCUUUGCGAUUCAUGGGAGCUAUCCAGGGGAAAUCAAAUCUCAUAAUAUCGAAAAUGGUGCUAUCAACGGUUUACAUUCGUCUAUACGAGCACCAAUUAGCCCAUUUGUGGGGAAAGCAUUUCACAAUGUAUCCUCCCCUGUGAGAGUUGCAUCAUUGAAUCAUCACAACGGUAAUCAGUCUCUUCAUGAGCUCAGCCAUUCGCUAGGGUUUCAAGGCAUCCCUCCCUUCCAUCCUCAUUCAUUGCCAGAGCAUCAUAAUGGGGUAGUCAACGGCACUCCUUACAACUCAACUGCCAUUUCGGCCGUUGGUAUUAAUAUUAACUCCAGACUUGCUGAAGGAGCAGAUAACCGACAUCUUCAUAAAGUCAAUGGCCAUUCCUUUGAUCAUAACAAUAAUGCAUUUGUAGGCUCUGGAAAUGGAAGCUGUCCGCUGCAUGGGCACCAGUAUGGAUGGAACAAUUCAUCAAGUGCUUUCCACCAUCAUGCUCUUUCUCCCAUGUUAUGGCCGAAUUCGUCACCAUUCGCAAGCAACGUUUCUGCCCAAAUGCACGGGAUUCAAAGACAACCAUCUCAUAUGCUGAACAAUGUUGUUCCUGUACAAAACCAUCAUGUUGGUUCAGCUCCAUCUUUCUGGGACCGGCAACAAAGCCCUUAUUCAGCUUAUUCAGCAGAAGCACUGACUUUUCACCCAGCAUCUCUUGGAACUAUGGCUUUUCCUGGCAGCCCUGGUAACAUAUUCCCCCAUAAUGGAGGAAGCCAUUUUGACCCUUCGAUGAAAUCUAUCUGUUCUGCACAUAUUGGGAUUCCCUCGCCACAGCACAGGUUCCACUUGUUACAUGCUAGGAAUAAUCCCGUUAUUCCUAUGCCUGCUUCAUUUGGUGCUGCUAAUGAACGGAUGAGGAGUCGAAGAAGUGAUCCAAACCCUAAUCAGCCUGAUAAUAAGAAGCAAUACGAGCUUGAUAUCGAACAGAUCAUGCGUGGUGAAGACUCUCGGACGACACUCAUGAUAAAAAAUAUUCCCAACAAGUACACGUCUAAGAUGCUUUUGGCUACUAUUGAUGAAAAUCAUAAGGGGACUUAUGAUUUCAUCUAUUUGCCCAUUGAUUUCAAGAACAAAUGUAACGUGGGUUAUGCUUUUAUCAACAUGAUCAAUCCUCAGCAUAUCAUUCCAUUUUAUCAGUCAUUUAAUGGUAAAAAAUGGGAGAAGUUCAACAGUGAAAAGGUGGCUUCGCUUGCAUAUGCUAGAAUCCAAGGAAAAGCUGCUCUUAUUGGUCAUUUCCAGAACUCGAGUUUGAUGAAUGAGGAUAAACGAUGCCGCCCUAUUCUCUUCCAUUCAGAGGGCCCAAAUGCAGGCGACCAGGAACCCUUCCCUGUGGGUAACAAUGUCCGCACAAGGUCUGGGAGAAGCAGAUCGUCCGCGAGUAAUGAAGAAACCCAUCAGGGAAGCCCAUCAAGCUCUGCUAAUGGAGAAUCUUCUACCAAUGGACUCGACGCUCCUCCAACUUCUUCCUAGGACUCGGGAGUGAAAUAAGCUGUUCCAUCAGGCACUAACCUAUAAUAAGAAGUAAACAUAUAAACUGAGCUAUAUGUAUCCUGUUUCUCGGGUUAUUUCCUUUUGCUUUUCUCGAGUCCGGAGUGUGCAGCGGUAGCUUCUCUCACGGGUCAUCAAAUCAUCAAAGAUUUUGCGCAGAUUGUACAAAAAUAUGACUAAAGACAAAGGGGCGAAAGGCGCAGGGGAAUUUUUGAGUUUUUGGAUAGUUUGUAUGAGAGAUAAUAUACUUUGUACAGGAGUUCUAUAGAGAAAGGGAGGGAGGAUGAGACACUACUAUGGUCUAUGCAGUUUGCGAAAAGCUAGCCCUGCAUUUUCUUUCUGCUCCUUUUUGGCUUCAUUCGAUCUCUUUUUUUCCUUCUUUCGUUGGUAUUCUGAUUUUCUUGUGUUGGGUAUGAGCACUGGUAAAGUGAGCUCCACCAGGCUUGUUCAUUGCGCAUUUGAAUGUCUGUUGUUGUAUGUCUCCUUUGAUGAUACAAUAUAAUAUUACAUGCAUCUAUACAGCAUGAAUUUUGUAGUA